AUGGUGUUGCAGGCAUCCCAGACGGCCCAAGCCGGCCCUUCGUCUUCCAAGGCGCCAAGUUCAGCCGCAAAGGAUGCUAGCUCAGAGGCGUUCAUCUCCUUCCGCGACAUCUACGACCACCUUGAGCUGGCGCGGCACCAGCGCGGCACCGACGAGCUCGAGGCCCUCCUCCGCUCCAACAAGCGCAGGCUGCAGCGCUGCGCCGACCCCUAUGCCAAACCCAGCGACGCAUCCAAGCGCAAGCUCGCCGCCGCCUCUGUCACCCUCGGCUCGGGCGCAUCCAUCAAGCUCGACGACCAGCAGCGCGAGCUCGCCAAGACCAUCGCCCAGCGCUACGACCUGGAUGAGAUCGACUCGCUCGUCUUGCUCCGCACCUUUCUCGAUAGCGAGGACCGCAGCCUCGAACUCCUCUCUCGCCCGAGCGCAUCCGCCGACGGCAGCGCAUCGCGGGCCGCCAGCGUCGCUCCGUCGGCAGGCCUCGGCCGUAGCACAUCCCUCCUCGCUGCGAGCGUGAAGGGGAAGGCGUCGGCGGCCGGCUCCGACGAUGUCGUCUCCGACUUUCUCGACGCGUUCAACGUCUUCUACUUUGAGGAGCGCCUCUACAUCCUCCGCACCGUCUGCUCCCUCUUUCGCAUCGCCGAGGACCCGUCGCACGAGCUCUACGACCUCGCCUGCGACGUGCUCGUCCUCUUCGCCGACGAGGCCUUUGGCCUCGCCUGCCUCGACGACUUUGAGUCCAUGGUCGCCGAGCCGCUGCCGGACCACGUGCGCGAGCAGCCGCGCUACUCGGGCUUCUGGGCCAAGCAGAGGCUCAAGGAGCAGCUCGGCCUGCUCGAGGUCGUCUUCCUCCUCCUCUACGGCCGCAUCCAGGCGUCGCCCACGCUCAUCGUCCGCAUCCUGCAGACGCUGCACAACACCGACGCCGGCCGGCAGCAGGCCAACGGCGGCUUCUUUGACAACGAGGCCGUCGAGCUCGUCACGUGCAUCGGCCACCUGCUCGUCCUCAUUGGCGUCGAGAGCCUCGCGCUCGAGGAGGCCAUGGACGGCAUCGACCUCCACUCGAGCAUGUCGUCGUCGGUCGCCGCCAACCGCAGCAGCGUCAACAGCAAUCACCAGAACCCCUACAGCAACGGUGCCAGCGGCAACAGGCUCGUCGAGGACCCCGCCAAGUUGGGCGAAGCCCUCGACCUGCUCGAGCAGACGGGCCACGACCCAAGCCGCUCCCCCGUUCUGCUGGCCUGGUCCCUGGUGCUCAACCGUAUCGACGACGCCUUGGCCGCCGCCGCCGAUGAGCAGCAGCACCAUGAGCAGCAGCAGAUGCAGCAGCAGGCACCUGCGAGCGACAAUCCCGGAGAUGAACCGCAGGCGAGGCCAGCAGCGCCCUCGAGCUCGAGGCUGCCCGCCCACAUAGCCGCGCUGGCCGACGUGGUGCGGAUCGACGACGGAGGCCCGCCCGUGUGGCGAAGGCUGGCGCAGGCGGCGUUCGCGCCCGAGCUAUCGCUCUUCGCCGCCAUGGUCUCGAUCCUCGCGUCGCCGCUGCUGGCCACCAGCAACAGCACCGCCGCGCUUGCCGUCUCGGCGCCCUCGGCGCUUGCCUACCGCGCCGUCUUCAAGGGCCUGCUGCUCAGCGUCACCGAGCUCAUCAAGCCCGAGUUCCUGCCCGACUUCGACGCGCUCGUCGCGCUGUGGGAGGCCGCCUUUGGCUCGGGCGUCGCCACCGAGCUCAGCCCGACGGCGCUCGAGGGCAUCGCUGCGCUCUGUGUCCAGUUCUGGGAGAUCGACGCGCACCACGAUUCGCGGUGCGCCACCAUCGACACGGCACGCAGGCGCUGGCCCGUCAGCUUCCGGCCGCUGCUGCGCCUCGUCAAGGCGCUGACGGGCAACGCCCGCCCCGACGCGCUCGAAUCGUGGCCCUCGUCGCUCCAGGCGGGCGCACGCUCGCCCCCGGUCGAGCAGGCGUGCGCCGCGGCGUUUCAGUUCCUCGCCCAGGUGCCCACGUUUGCCCAGGUGCUGCCCAACCUCAUCGGCGGCCCCUACGAGGCCGUCGACGGCGGCGACUACGUGUCGGUCUCGUACCGCGUCACGCGGCCCGUCCAGGUGGCGGGCACCCACGUCCGGCUGCCCGCGGGCAUCACCGGCUCCGCCAUUUCCGAGAUUGGCGCCACGCCCGUCAUCGUCCUCUGGACGCCGACGACGCCGAUCAGCGCGUGGAAGCUGAUGCGCGACAUCCUCCUCGGCUUCCCGCCCUACCUCUCCUCUGCGGGCUACGACGGCAACGGCGGAGGCGGCGAUGACAGCCGUGUGUUUGACGACGACAGCAAUGGCGUCGACGGCGACCGGCCCGGAGCAGCCACGGCGGCCGACUUCAGCAAGCUGGCGCCCGUCAAUGCCGAUGAUCCGUGGGAAGAGGUGGCGGCCGAGGCGCUCGAGCUCUUUGCCAGCGUGCUGUCGGCCAGCUCCAAGCUGGCGUGGAGCCUGCUGGCGCACCUGGAUGGCGACGACCGCGCCCUAACCUCCCUCCGGCACGGCGGCGACCUGGACGGCGACAGCGCCAUGGGCGCCAUCUCGGGCGCGCGGCAGCCGCGGCAGCCGGGCCGGUCCAGGGACCUGGCCGCCGUCGCCAUCCACCUGCUGCAGCACACGCUCGUGGGCACGCCGAUCGACAGCCGCCUCGUCGACGUCGCCUACAAGCUGCUCAGCAUCCUGCUGCCGUACAUGCCCAACGAGAUCUGGCAGACGGUCCGGUCCUCCAACCUGCUCACUGGCAGCCCGGGCUCGCUCUCGUACGUCUCGCGCGCCUCGAGCGACGCCGCCACGAUCGCCUCGGCGUCGGCCUCGACGCCGUCGGUGCUGCUGGCGCACGAGACGUCGCGCGCGUCGUACCCGGGCCUGCUGUCGCUCCUCGACUUUCUCGCGGCGCUGGUGCUCGAGAUGCGGCGGUCGCACUUUGUCUCGACCGCCGACCUGCUCGAGGUCAAGGCUUCGGUGCUCCUGCGCGGCCUGGCGUGGGUGUUUGAGUCGGUGUGGCCCGAGUACCAGAGCUGGCGCUACGUCCGGCUGCGCGACAAGCUCGAGAUCGGGCGCCGUUGCACCGCCCUCUUCCGCCUGGUGCUGUCCGAGACCAGCUGGAAGGUGUCGAGCCAGCCCAGCGCCGAAGGGUUCGAGCGGCGCGGGCCAGCCUCGAGCCUUGUCGACGCCCUCGAGCGUGCGCUCGUCACGGCGCCCAGCAUGCUCUCUCUGGCGCCCCUCGUCAGCGCCCUCGGCUCCGGGCAGCAGCUCGUCGACCAGCUGCAUCGCGCCGGCUGCUCGUCGGAUGCCGCGCUGGCCGAGGACUACGUGCUCGCCUCGCUCCAGCUGGCCACGCUCAUCGUCUCGCGCAGGCGCGACCUUGUUUCCGCCGCCGCCGCCGCCGCUGCAGCCUCUCGAUCCGCCCCUCAAGCCAAGGCCGCGGCCGCUCCGCGCGUCGAGCUCGGCCUGCUGGAGCGCCUCUUCUUUGACCACGCCGCCGUGGCCAUGCGUUCGGUGUCGGGCGGCGGCCGCAAGUCGGCCCGCGUCGAGCUGGCCAGCGCCGUCAUGUCCUACGUCCUGCUGCCGAUCUCGGCGACCCUGAGCGCCGAGGCGUCCCGGCUGAUCACGGCCGUCUGCCGCUCGACGGCCGACGUUGCCGCCCACGGCCAGCCGGUGCCCGGGCUGGUCGGCCACCUGGGCACCAUCGCCGAGCUCGAAUCGACCGUCGCCGGGCUGGUGAACCUCGUCGGCAACACCUACCUCGACGCCAGCCUGCGCGCCGACGUUUGGACGAUGCUGGCCGCCAUCGUCGACACCCAGCCCGCCCUGGCCACGCUGCUCCUGACGGGACGCCACCUCGCCAAGACGACCGAGUUCCAGCUGACCGAGGCGCGCGAUGACGGCGUCGACAACGCCGCCAAGAACGCGGGCAACGCCGAGGACAACCGGGCGUCGAAGGUGUUUACCGUCUCGAGCAGCUACGGCCAGGCGCUGGACCGCACCGCGCUCGAGGUGGCCUCGGACGCCGUGCUGAUCGGCGCCGAGCUGCUCCGCAACGACCCGGCACUGCUCGAGUCCAUCCUACGCUUCCUCGACAUCGCCUGGACCCACGCCGCCGAGCACAGCGCCGCCUUUGAGCCGGUGCGCACCCGGACCGACUUUUUCCGGGCGCUGGCCGACCUGGCCACCGCCGAGGCCGAUGCGCCGCCGGGCAUCCCCGAGGGGUUCGUCUUCGAGGACGGUGCCCGACGUACGGACUCCGACGUCGAUGCGCGCGAAUAUGCCCACCGAAGGAUGUGCCAGGCCCGCGCGCUGCGGCUGCUCGAGUGCGACAUCCAGCUCGGCGGCAUCGUCGGCGGCGGCAGCGGCGGCGACCGGAACCGGAACCGCCAACAAGGCGAGGCGGCCAGCCUGUCGACGAUGCUCUCGCUCCUGUCGGACGGCGACAAGCUGCGCUCGGCGCUCGAGGCGUCGUUCAAGACCUACUGCGACCCGGCCCUGCAGUACGAGUCGGAGCGCAAGCUGGCCGAGCUCUUCCCCACGGUCCACCUCGCCGCUCUUCGCCACCCGGCGCGGCGCGACGACUUUGACUCGGGCCGGCGCUACGGCGACGACUAUGUCUUUGACGUGGCGGCGCUGCGCCGGAAGCUCGAGGGCUUCUUCGAGACGCUGAGCGACGACGACGUCGCGGACCUCGAGUCGCUCGAGGAGGGCGUGCUGGCGGUGGCCACCAUCAACCUCGAGUGGACCGCCCUCGACGUCCAGGCCACCAUGAUCCGCGCCUGGACACAGAGCCUGCGCUCCGCCAUGGGCCGCCUGGUGACGGCCGCCGUCGCCAAGGGCACCGCCGACAAGCUCCAAGACGCGCUGAUGUCCGCCUGGACCGCGUGCGCCCGGAUCGCCGUCGACGAGACUCUCGAGAGCGACGUCAUGCGUGGCAUCCACGCCGCCCGCGUCGAGCUCCUCUCGGUCGUCAUCGAGACGGCAUGGGGCCGGCGAGAUGCGGGCCAGAAGGUGCAGGGCGAGCGCAUCGUCGAGGUGUCGGAGCUGGCCGCGCGGCUGCUGGGCCACUCGAUCUUCAGCAUCGAGGACAGCAUCCAGGGCCUCGUGUCGCCCCCCUUCCACCGGGCGUGUUUCGACGUGGCCGUAUUUUCGGCCGUCCAGUGUCGCCGGUGGCUGCAGGGCCAGGACGGAGGCGCUGCGGCUGCGGCUGCCUUGGCGGCGAGCACGACCUCGACCGACGGCAGCAGCGGCGUCGAGGUCCACCGGGCGCUCCACCGCGCGAUGGACGCCUUUGCGCGCCACACGAUUGCCUCGCUGCGCAUCUCGAUGACCAACUGCCUCGUCUGCAUCCAGCGCGGCCAGGCCGCCACCGACCAGGCGCGCAGCCUCGAAGACGACCUGGACCUGCUCGUGAGCCUGUUUGAGCUCGUCAUCCGUACCGACGUCGGCCUCGUGCCGCACGCGUGGCUGGCCCAGGUGCAGUCGGAGCGCCUCUUCCAGGUCGCCAUCGACCUGCUCGGCCGCGCACCCGUGCUUCGCUUCGACGGCACGGCGCGCGAUGGCUCGUUGAUGGGCGCCGCCGCCUCUUCUUCUCCUUCGCCCAACUCGGCCCACCACCCGCUGUUCAUCACGCCCGUCCUUUCGCUGCUCCUCGCGCUGUCGUCGCACCCGGGCUCGAGCGAGCAGCUGGCGCUGGCUGGCGUCGUCAACGGCCUGGCCUCCAACAUGCUCAGCCAGCCGCUCGAGGCCGGCGCCGUGUCGCCGCUGCUGCUCGGAGGGAGCGGCGGCAGUCUUGGAAGCGCUGGCGGCGGCGGCGGUGCUGCUGCCGCUGCGGCGGGCGCUGCUGCGCGAGGCGACGCCGGUCAGCGCACCGGGGCCGGCGCGCGCUUCAUCGAGACCGACGUCGAUGGCUUUGUCCGCGUUUACGCCAGGCAGAUUGAGAGCGCGCUGGCGUUUGCGCCCAUCUACGCCCUCGACGGCCAAGCUUCGAGCGGGCUCGGCGGGUUCGGCACGUCGCUCUCGGCGGCCGCCGCCUCCUUCAGCGGCAGCGGGACCGACCGCGACGCGAUCCAGGCGGCUCAGGCGGCCUCGCCGAGCAGCAGCAUCGUCUCGCUCCCGGGCCUCGACGAGCUGGAGCUAAUCUGCCGCCUCUUCUACUCGAUGGUCAGGGCGGAGCGCGACGGCUCGUCGUCGCGCAACCAGGCCGGCAACCGACACUCGAUCACCGCCAAGCUCUCGAGCCGGCUGGCCUGGCUGCUGCAGCCGCUGGUACACCUCCUCCAGCACCCGCGCGAGCUGCAGAGCCUGCUCGGCCUCGACGCCGAGGCCGAAGAUGCGCGCGCCAAGCCGUUGCACGCCACCGCGCAGGCCAAGCUGCUCGACACGGUCACGGUGCUCGUGGCCGGGCUGUGGUACCAGAGCGAGGCGGCGUUCGUCCUGUGCCGCGAGGUGCAGGCGUGGCCGUCGGUGCGCUCGCCCUCGGCCCUCAUCCGCCCCGUGAUGCGCACCAGCCCGACGUCGGCGGCUUCGCUGGGCACGCUCCUCGACCUCGCGGGCCACCUGACGGACCACCUGCGCGGCGCCUCGUCGUCGUCGACAUCGUCAUCGUCAUCAACGACGGCACGCACCGCGUCCAUCUGCGACGCGCUCGAGCAGACUCUCGCCCUCUGCGCCACCCAGGCGGCCGUCUGGGCGCUCUCGCCCUCGACGGGAGCAACGGGCGCGGGCCAUCGCGGUGAGGUCGAGGCUGGCCUCAGCCGCGACCUGACGGCGGCUAUCCGAGCGGCCGAAUCGGCCAUCAACGCCGCAUCCUCCACCGCGAGCGCGACGGCAUCGGCAUCAGCGGCAGCGACGGGGGGCAGGAAGAUGCCUUCAUCGCUGCUCUCCGGCGCUUCGCGCGGGGCCGACCGGAAGACGGAGCAGGCGCAGGCGCAGCCCGUCUCGGGCGCCAGCCUGCUUCCCGUCGUUGCCAGGUUCGUCGAGAGCCGGUUGGACCGGAGGGCCUUUUGA